AUGUCAACCUUGAAGCAGUGGCUUGCUCGCCUGGUCUGGUGGCGUAAAGAUGCGCCCAGCCGGCCUCCACGGAAACCACGCGACCGAGUUCGCUCCAAGCUGUACUUCCCUGACCUGGUGGAUCUAGAUGAUGAAAACAAUCCAUCUCAGGCUCUCGAAUACAAACCGGAGGAUACUGAGCUACCAGUCAUUCGGACAUUGGGGGAACUGCAGUCGAACGCGGGCUCAUUCGUUCCCCUCGCACGCCAAUGCUUCCGCUGCGAGAAUAUACUCGGCGACCUCGAGCCUUCUUACAGUGUUGUCCGGGUCGUACAGUUCACCUCAGCAAUGCUUCGGGACUCUGCCAUCACGUGCGAACUCUGCUUCGUUAUCCUUCAGGGCAUUGCAAAACACAACUGCCUGGGAGACACCACCGGGCUCACCACCUAUCGAGAUACCAUUUGCAUCGCUCGGUUAUUGGGGAUACCAUAUGUCUGGAUCGAUUCCUUGUGCAUCAUUCAGGACGACGACGACGACUGGGCUCGGGAGUCAAGCGCCAUGGCAAACAUACACAAGAACGCCUACCUGACAAUCGCCGCUACUUCUUCCAAGGACUCCAGUGGCGGCUUGUUCUCAACACGGCGAGUGCGACAAGAGCUCGUCUGUGGACAAAGAUAUGGGGCCGACGGCGCGCCUUAUCUGGUCGCAGCCGUGGAGGAUGUACCACAUCCCAAGCUGGCAGAUGAGUCUCGAAAGCUUGCACAAAAGUGGCCUCUGUUGACGCGAGCGUGGGUUUUCCAGGAGAGAUUACUGUCUCCGAGGGUCGUACAUUUCGCAUCCCCGGAAAUGUUCUGGGAGUGUAGGGAAAUGAGCUCUUGCGAAUGCGGCCGGCCACAGGCAUCGGUCAAAUCCCACUACGAGAAGACGGCCAACGACGACUCGCCGCAGCUACUGAGGAAACAAUGGCUGGAAAUGGUCCAAUCGUACUCGGCCCUGAAUCUUUCAUACGCAGACGACAAGCUCCCGGCCUUGUCUGGCGUUGCGACCAAAAUGUCAUCCAGGCGGUCAGAGUCCAGGUAUCUCGCGGGUCUGUGGAGCGAUUCAUUGGAAUUUGACUUGUUGUGGAUAAACAAAGAUGCCAUGGUACCGGGCAAAGCAUCAAACGCGAGGCCGGAUGAGUGGCGCGCUCCUACAUGGUCAUGGGCAUCUAUCGACGCGCCCAUCAAGUUCCCUUUCAAGGAUCACACUAAAGUUCAGAUUCACUUCAAAGUCCUGGAGGCUUACUGUAAGCCGGCAACAAACGAUGAGACCGGCCAAGUCCGCAAAGGGUCUCUCACACUUGAUGCCCCGGCCGUCUUGGGAGAAGUCGUGGCCGCUGGGUCAAUAGACCAAAGGCCCGAGUUGAAGAUGGGAAAUACAACAUACUCGUUGACCGGUGGAAAUCGUUUCUACCCUGACAACCCAGCAGAUCCUUUCGGAAUUGGGCUUGGGGAUAUGCCCUCUAUUAAAGAGGUUCUAUGCAUGGGCUUAGCCACAGGCAGCGGGUUCCACAGCCAGACCCAACUUGCCUUGGUUUUGUAUCGGCGACAUGAAAAGGAUCCGUAUGAGCAAAUUGGAAUGGUGUAUCAGUGGUGCGAAGUUACAAGGUCCUCUGAUUCUAACCUUGCAAUAUAUGAAGAGUACCAGACACCUCAGUCUGAACGAUGCUUCGAGCCGUUGGAAGGAGAAUUAAGAAAGGCGACCAUUCUAUGA